AAACAAGAGCAAACUCAGUACCCAGCAGCCCCACGCCGGACUCUCCCACAGAGUGGAGCCCGGCCCCAAGCCCUGGAGGCCUGGGAAGGCCGCCUCCGGUGGAGCCCCCGCAGACGCCAUACUAAAGUCAAAAUGGCUGCCCCGAGGAAGCCCGCACCGCGCAGCUAGCGAGGGUUGGGGAACAAGCUUCUGCAGUUAAGGGGGAGGCGGACUCUAGGAACAGCCGUCGCCAGGACCGACACCCCCACGAGCCGCACAGGUUCCAGUUGCAGCAUCCAUUGCCACAACUUUUGAAAAAUAUAUUUGGAAAAAUACCGAUCAGAAGAAAAAAAAUGAUAAAAUUUUUCCUCAUGGUGAAUAAACAAGGGCAGACCCGACUUUCUAAGUACUAUGAACACAUGGAGAUUAAUAAGCGUGCACUUCUGGAAACAGAAGUCAUAAAGAGCUGUCUCUCUCGAUCCAAUGAACAAUGCUCUUUCAUUGAAUACAAGGAUUUUAAGCUGAUAUAUCGGCAGUAUGCAGCUCUCUUCAUUGUGGUUGGAGUUAAUGACACUGAGAAUGAGAUGGCUAUUUAUGAAUUCAUCCAUAACUUUGUGGAAGUUUUAGAUGCGUACUUCAGCCGAGUGAGUGAAUUAGAUAUAAUGUUUAAUUUGGAUAAAGUACACAUCAUUUUGGAUGAAAUGGUCUUAAACGGCUGCAUUGUGGAAACUAACCGGGCAAGAAUUCUUGCCCCUCUACUAAUUCUUGAUAAGAUGUCAGAGAGCUGAAUGGAAGGCUCUGCCAGACAACAUCAAUUUAUAGGAAAUGCCAACACCGUGGAAUACAUCUCAACAUCUACAGCCCAAAGGAAUCUGGAAGACCACACAUUGCAAAAUAGGGUGUCCUUCCAAAGACAUAAAUAGGUAUUUUCCACAGUUCCUAAGUGCAAAACAAAACUGUAUUUUAAAAUAUGUACAAAGAAAAAUUUUCUCUAAACUGAGACAAAUUUUGUUUUCUAACUGUAUGCAUAUUUUUCCCACUUCUUUAAAUUCUGUUGAGUACCUAAGGAACCCUUUUUGGUCUCUGCUGCCUUUUGCAAAUUACAUUGAAGAAUAGCAGGAUGUUGGGAGGAAAGUAUGGCAGUUCUCUAUCAGCCAAUUUUUAAAUUGACUUAAAACACAUGGCAUUUUGAGUAACAUCAUUUUCUGAAUGCUACCUUUUUCCUUAAAAAAUCUUAGUAAAACUUACUUUUUAAAAACUUUACUAUAAUGUGUACCUAAUAAAGACUGAAGAAUUAAAUUUUAAUUGCCUAUGAGAUCCAUUUUAGGAGCACUUAGCAAUUACAAUGCCAUCACGUAAUUAACUCUAUAGUGAAUGUCACUAUCAAAUAAUGGAUGGUUAAACAUUAAAAGAGAGCACUUACAACUAUCCUUUAUGCCAUGUAAGGGUUUGUCUCACAAAUAAGCUUGUUUGUUAAUGAAAUUUACCUUAGUUCAAAGUGUAAAAAUAGAAUGCAAGAGAAUACCCCUGUUCAGGCUGGCAUGAAAUGAAUCUUCCUCUCUGUCCCUAUUACUCCUUAACUCCUUUCUCCUGGAAUGUCUUGAGGCAAACUAUUAAGUCAUUCAUUAUAGAAGAACAAUGCCCUGCAUUCCCCCAAAUCUUCCUAUAUGGUUUUACUACUUAGUCAACACUAGAAUAUGCAGAACCAUCUUAGGUAAAAGCAUGUAUAUGUGCAUGUAGGGGUGGGAAGACAGAUGCAAUGGAGAAAGUGGAAAUAUACUCUUGGUAUAUUAAGAUAUUGUGCCAUCCAAAAACUUGGAACUCCAGAAGUUCCAAGAAUUCUUUCAUCUACAACAUCCUAUCCUACAAAAGAGGACAUAAAUGGACAUUCUAAGGACUGAUUAUUCAGCACUGUUUUUUUCCUUUUCUAUUUACUCUUUUCUAAAAAUCUACUUACCUAUUUCAAAUGAUCAUAUUUAUAAAGACCCAGACCACCAGUCAGUCAAAAUUGGGCUCCAAAAGCAAACCUGAGUUGUUUUAGACUCAUUCAGAAAGGUAGAAGGAAGACAUCUGAACUACAGGAACAUUGAGUAGUAUGUGUGUACAGAUCCACCUUUGUAUUAAGUAGCCAAGGUCUGGGGAAAGCCCAGUCUACAUCAAAGUGCUCUGGAGGUCUUUCUGAGACACAUUAGUUGGGAAACACUGUCCUAGAUGGUAGACACUUAAUCAGCAGCACAAUCAGGUAACUGCUGAAACUGGUACACCAGAAGUAGCUAGGGAGUGAGCAAAAUUAAUUUUGGGGUCAUACCAAAAUAGUAGUUGAAUUACAUCUUGGCAUAGAUUUUAGUACCUUGAGAGAAUAGUAAGUUAAAAAAAUAUUAGGUAGAUACCACAGGAAAAAAAAUACAUCAACUUAAAGUAUAUUUGGAGACCCCAGUAGAGGUCUCAUUGCACUUGACUCAUGCAAAGUGAACUGUAAUGUGACAAUCUGUACCUUAGGGCUGUGUCACCAUCUCACUUCAGUGAGGUGCUUUAAGUGAUUUUUCAUACUCAUAAAAUGUAUUUGUGUGGGCCGAGCCCGUGGCGCACUCGGGAGAGUGCGGCACUGGGAGCGCGGCGACACUCCUGCCGCGGGUUCAGAUCCUAUAUAGGAAUGGCUGGUGCACUCACUGGCUGAGUACCGGUCAUGAAGAAGACAAAAAAAAAAAAAAAAAAUGUAUUUGUGUGAGGGUGGUCAGCCUUACUUGUUCUUGUACUUUCGAACAGUUAAUGAUUUUAUAAGACUCAUUAAUUUACCUGCUCUAGCAACUUGCUGAGAACAGGGUUCAGCAAGCUUUUUCUGUAAAGGGCCAGAUAGUAAAUAUUUCAGGCUUUGUGAGCCAUAUGGUCUCGGCUAACUACUUAAUUCUGCCAUUGUAGUGCAAAGCAACCAUAAGUAGUACAUAAGUCAAUGAGCAUGGUUGUGUUCUUAAUAAAACUUUAUUUAUGGACACUGAAAUUUAAAUUUCAUGUAAUUUUCAUAUCAUAAAAUAUUCUUCUUUUGAUUUUUUCCAACCAUUUAAGAAAUUUUAAAAGCAUCCUUAGCUCAUGGGCCAUACAAAAACAAGUGGCAGGCCAUAGUUUGCCAACACCUGUGCAAGGCUAGUUGGGUAAAAGCUAACUAUUGACAUACAAUUUAGAGACUUAAAUAAUGGUAAUACUACACACAUAAACUGGACUUUAAUUCUGUCACUAGUAUAGUUUCAGUCAUGACUUUUUGAAACCACUAUCACUAAUUUUUGAAUUGAAACAUAGAUCAUACAUUUAAAUACUGCUAUUAUGCUUUAUUGUAACUUUUAUUCUCACACAGAACUGUGAAGCUAACAAUAAGGUGAAAUAUUAAAUGCUGCCUCUGAUUAGACAAUCACAACAUUCUCAUGUAGCAAAUAAAAACAGUAUACUCAAAUCAAUGACUGUAGUGGGAGAAAUCUCUUCCAAUGUAGAAAGGAAAUGUACUUUUUGAACAGGUAAAUAUUGGGCAAUUUCACACGUUUUUGGUUCUUUAAAAAAGCCAUUUGGCUAAAUCAGGCCUAGUGACAUUUCUUUCACCUGUAUGCACAGAUGUGGGAAUAACAAGAAUUUGGAAAACGGAAAUACGGCCCCUUCUUCAAAACCAGGAAAUAGCACUAUCCUGGUGGUUUCUUUUCACACUAAUACAACAUUUAAAAAUCAUCCUUGGAUCUUAGACUUUCAUGUCCCUGCAGAUACAAAGGUAAGCAGCAGA